GGGGGAGAGACCGUGCUUAGGGUGGAUAUAUGAGACGUGGGAAUUACAAAGACGAUGCAAGGCACUGUACGAUAAAACUUGCAAUGAGUGACCUUUUUGGGUUCCUUUUUGUGUACAGCAAACGUAGCAGAAGAAGCUUCCGACUGGUGUUGUUUUAAGGACUUCAACAAGCUACUGAGAGAAUGUCUGGCUAGCAACCAGCUAGCAACCCUGCGAACAUAUAAUUUUGAAAGGAACUCGCUAGCAUUUAUUGCUAGCUUGGACAGUCACACCCAUAGCUAACUGGCUAGCUUGUUGGGAACCCAGGAUCAGUUUACAUUUUUACGACUAAAUUAACCGUUUAUGGACGAUCAUUGUGCGAAGCUGGAAUAAGAUAUUUAAUGUUACUAGUAGUUCAAGCUAGCUGGCCAAAACAUUGCUGCCUGCACAAACUGGAUAGAUAGCUAGCUAACUUGGCUAGCUAAAAAUGAAUGACUCAUGACACAGAGUGCUUUGAUAAGUUAGUACAUAACUGAUAUAGCUAGCAGCAUGAAUCUUCCAAUGUAUACAUUCGUCGCCCGAGAUGACAACAGUAGCAUCUAUGCCGAAGUUUCCAAAAUCCUGAUUUCCACCGGGCACUGGAAGAGACUGAAAAAAGAUAACCCCAGAUUCAACCUGAUGCUGGGAGAAAGGAACAGGCUCCCGUUUGGAAGGCUAGGGCACGAACCAGGACUGGUGCAGCUGGUGAAUUAUUACAGAGGAGCCGACAAGUUGUGCCGUAAAGCGUCUUUGGUAAAAUUAAUCAAGACCAGUCCAGAGCUGUCCGAUUCCUGCAACUGGUUCCCAGAAUCAUACAUCAUCUACCCCACAAACCUCAAGACCCCAGUGGCCCCAGCCAAAAAUGGCAUAAGCCACUUAAAGAGUAACCCGAAAACAGAUGAGAGAGAAGUUUUCCUGGCUUCCUAUCACCAAAAGAGGGAAAACGAGGAGGGAUCAGUGUGGAUAGCGAAAUCUUCUGCUGGAGCCAAAGGUGCUGGGAUUUUAAUAUCUUCUGAUGCCAAUCAGUUGCUGGAGUACAUUGAUAAUCAAGGCCAGGUCCAUGUCAUUCAGAAAUACCUGGAAAAACCCCUUCUGCUGGAACCAGGUCAUCGCAAAUUUGACAUCAGGAGCUGGGUGCUGGUUGACCAUCAGUACAACAUCUACCUGUACAAAGAGGGGGUGCUGAGAACGUCCUCUGAGCCCUACAACAGCUCUGACUUCCAGGACAAGACCAGCCACCUGACCAAUCACUGCAUCCAGAAGGAGCACUCUCAAAACUACGGCCGAUACGAAGAGGGAAACGAGAUGUUCUUCGAUGAGUUCCGCGAGUAUCUGCUCAGCUCCCACAAUGUUUCCCUUGAGGGGGUUAUUUUACCUCAGAUCAAACAGAUCAUAAGGAGCUGCUUGGCCUGUAUCGAGCCCACAAUCAGCACCAAGCACCUGUCCUAUCAGAGCUUCCAGCUCUUCGGCUUUGACUUCAUGGUUGACGAGAGCUUCAAGGUCUGGCUGAUCGAAAUCAACGGUGCCCCUGCAUGUGCCCAAAAACUGUAUCCAGAGUUGUGUCAGGGAAUCGUGGAUGUAGCAAUAUCCAGUGUCUACACCUUGAAUGACUCCACCCCAUCCUCGGCCUCCUCCUCUUGCUCCUCCCCUAAACCAAGACCGGCCUAUCACCAGGGCCCGUUCAUCAAACUAUACGUCUGCUCAUCAUCCGGAGCGGCAGGCGGGGACGGGAGGGUCCCCUCACUCUGAGGACGUGCGGCGUGGAGAGGGAGCCGGGGGAAGAGAUCAGAAAAUGGCCCCUAAAAUCGGAAACAACCUCAUAAGAUCCCUAACCCUGGCCCAGCUCAGUCUUCAGUGUUCCAAACCUCCAGUGAUUGCGGGCGGCCAUUGCAGUUGGAAUGUGACGUUUGGUCUUAGCGAAUGUGUGGGAGGAGCUUGUGAGAGGGACAGACACGGACAGGGUGGGGUUACCUCUUUCACCACUACCCCCCCCCCCCCCUUUUUUUGGCACAAAAAUGUCCAGGAAGUCAGGAAGUUAAUGUUCUUGGGAGUACGGACAGCACGUGGGGGAAAAGAAGUGGUGUUAUAUCCAUCUAUCACUCAAUACUUGUGUCUUCAGUGCCUUACAUAUAAAGACCCCCUGUCCUUUAUUUUGCACCAUCAACUCCCAGUGUGUAGGAUGUUAACCCAUGUGCUGUGUGCUGCCAGGUGAGGUUGCAUUUGUGUGCGUGUGUGUGCGUGUGUUUGUGUUUUUUGUGUAUGUGUAUUGCAUCAGCACCCACAAAUGCUUCUGUUCUUGGCAGAGUGGUUGAAGUUUUGUUUGACAGACUUAAACCAUGACCAGUGUGUCUUUUGCGCUGAUGUUUGCUCUGUUAUGCCAUUUUAAACAUUACAGUAAAUCCCUGCUCUCUGUAUCUGUAGGCCUACAAUUAGCUGAAACCCUCAAGCUUUCGGUAGAAUAUUCCAGUCUGAAAUCUCAAAACCGGUGAAUGAUUUCUGAAAUGCUAUAACUUCAGUUGGCCAUUUUGAAAUCUCAGAUUUUACUUGGAUUGACUGGCAAUUCACCCCUUUUUUGUUUUGGUUUAUGAAUCAGACCUGAAAAAACCCAGAACUCCUGACCAGGCUAGAUACACUUCCUGGCUAGUCAACCACACAUCCAAAAUUCAAUGGUUUAAUUCCAUUUGUUGCUAGAAGCUAGAAAGCAAUUUAGCAACUAAAUGAAUAUGAUCCAUUUGUGAUUGGCAGGUGUGCGGGAGCUCUUGUCUUAUUAACUCAUGGCCUUUAUUUAUGGACUUAAGCAUUUUGGCAAAUUCAUUCUUAAGUCUGUUGGCAGUGUACCAACAGAAGAACAGUGAUGUAAUCUGCCAAGUGAAUGAUCAAUAUUACUAACUUCGCAGAUGCUCAUCCUGGGCAAAGUACAUUAUAUUGUACAUGGUACACAUUUGUAUAGCUGAAUGUUUACUGAAACAAUUUGGUUGAAUUGUCUUGAUAAACAGUGCAACAGAAAUGCCACAACUAAUAUAUAGCCCAGGAGAUGCUUUGUGUUGCAGCUCUGUAACCAAGGCACCAGAGUCUUAACAUUUUAUGUGCUUAAGGCAGGUUACAGAAGGCAGGUAAUCUCCAUACAAUGGCUUAGGACAUAUCUAGGAUUCAUUCAACCACAUUUCAAAAACAACAAAGGAUUGUGGGUAGCAGGCUGAUUGAUUUGCAUCACAGGUCAGGGCAGAGCUCAGCCAGGUGCCCUGCACUGUACGAGCUGCCAUAUUGGGCUUUGUCAGCAAGUGAAGCAGUUGUGUGUCCAGUGCAGAUGAUGUUUUUUGUGUUUGCUGAAAUGCACAUAAUAACACUGCCCCAGUCCCUCUCAUUUUCUCCAGUGCUGUGGAUUUCAGACAUUUUGGGUGGAAGUGGAAAGUGUUUAGAAGGAAGCAUAAGGUGAAGGAAUAGGAAUGUUUUUCUUUGUGAAUUAAUUUGCACAAAAUAUCCGAAGCAGAUGAAGAUUGUGCUAAUGGAAUGAAAAAUGUUGCAUUAGUCUGCAGCUGUGUGAGAGAAACAGACACUUUUCAGAGCAUAGAAUCCCCCCCCUUCACCCGUCCAUCAAUGUUCGAACCGAAUUGCAUGCUGAAUUGUGUGCUGUUACAAGUGUGUCCUUGCAUCCAGUCAUUUCUUUUUCUCAUAUCCCUGUGUUAACUAUACUUUGAGUGAAGGGUUACCCCAUGAAGUAUUAGCUCCUUCGUUAUGCACAACUAGAUUAAUAAUACAUUAUUUAGGUUCUUUUCUAGUGCCUGUUCAAAACAAGGUUCUAAACUUCUUGAUUUUGAAGUGUAGAUUAGAAUUAAUGUAGCGUAGGCUUAUUGCAUUGAUGUAAUCGAUGACUGAAGGAAACCGUUUCUAACCUGCAGACAGAUUUGCACAAUGAGGUUUUGUGUUUGUAUUUUAAUAGCAGCUCAUGUGUAGUUACUUUUUCAUAUAUUUUUAUUGCACCGUUUAGGUUACCCUUCUCUCUAGAAUGGCAGAAAUGAAUGGCUUGAGGUACCAGCAGUUAAUCAGUUGCACGUCUCUUUUUAAAGGAUUGUGAGAUUGCUGAUAAGAAACCUUGAUGGGUUCCUGUGUCUUUUUGCUCCGUCCAUGGAAAAUUGAGCACGCAUAAUCCUGUUUGUGCGUUGCAGUCACAGCACUGCACCGAUGCAGAUAAAUGUUGUAUGCAGAAACUUAUCUUUUAGUAGAAACUUUCCCUUAACUGCCACCAUGCAUUUAUUUGGUUAGUGAACAACGAGGCUUCGUGACACCAAAAAUUGGUGGAGAUGCCAUAUGCUCUCAUUUGGCAUGGAUUUGAAACGAUCGUUGCAGUUUGCUCUGGAGAGCAGUAAUGUUGAUUGCUUAAAACAAGCCAGCGAUUUUCAGCAUUGUAACUCUGCCCACAAUGGGUGCUCAUGUAACCUCCCAGUAUGCUGUGUUGGAAGGGCCUGGCUACAGGUCCAGGGGAGGAAAAAGACGAGUUUUAGGUCCUCCUUCAUGUUCAUAUUUUGCAUUUUCUCUGAAAUGUGUUCAUUCGUGCGUUCCGUUUUUUACUCAGUGCGUUCUCAAGGGUUGUGUAGAAUAACUUUUUCCGUUUUCUAUCACAGGCCCUCAUUUUGUUGAUGCUUCUGCAAUACUCCUUCUACAAACUUGUCUGUAUAAAAACCGACUUCAGGAAGGAACUGUGUUCAGUGAUAUAACUGUAGCCCCAGACCAGAGUUUAAAAAGCGCAAAGUGGGGAAAAAGCCAAUGCGAGGUCAACUUCUUCCAACCAUAAUAAGAAAAUGCACAUUUUUGUCAUGGACAGUCUCAAAGGAAGUGUUAGCCAAAUGAAUGAAACCUACUUUGUGUGUGAAUGUGUUACCAGAAUGUAUACCACACAAGAGAAAAAUAAAAAGGAAGCCUGUUUCUAGAUUCUUCUUUACAGUAUAAUUUACAAAUUAUGAACCAUCCUUUGUAUACAGUAUGUAUUUAUUUGGAACUAAUUUGGAUCCCAAAGAAAUGAGCAGCAUUAUUUUUGUCCUGUAUAAUGUUAUAGAACACAUUUUUCCCUCAAAGGGAAGGGGGGGUGCCUUGGGGCGAGUGGGAAUCAUGAAGUUUGGAUGAAGCCAAGUAUGUGUGCCCUCAUACCCCAUUUCUUUGUCUGUCCACCCAUCUUUUCACAGUUUUCACAAGAGAUAAUGCCCUUCUGUGACUGGUUCUGUGCAUCCUCGUGUAAGUUUGUUAUCCAAUCGGUUGUCUUGUAUGUUUUUUUUGGGGUUUUUUUCAUGGUGUGGGACAGCAGGUGUGUUUCCUACUGUCAAAACUUUCCAUAAGCAAUGAUCCUCCUGACCAAAGAUGAUUCUGGUUUGCAUGUUCAAAACCUGUCCCAUAUCCAUACGUUAAAGCAAAAACUGAUUAUAGGCAAAUGCUUGAUACAUCCCUGCGUGCAUUACCAAGCUUAGACAUACAUUUGUUAUACAGAAAUGAAUGGGGUUUUUUUUUCUUCUUCCUGUGAGAAUUUCUGUAAGGUGGAGGGGGGGGGGGGUCAAAGUAAAAGGUUUAUUUACCUGGCUGUGGAAUUCUUGUAUCUGUUCUGCCCCCACCUUGUAUGAGUUCUUUGGAUUCAUAAUGACUGACACCCAUGAAGCAUUUUUCUGUAAGACAAACAGGACAAAUACAAACCAUAAAUGGUAAAUGAAGGAAACCAUCACUGCAACAAAACAAUUUAUUUUCAUUUAAACAUGGACUUUAUAAAAAGAUUCCUACCAUACACGGCUCUUGUUACCAUACUCAAAUGUAGUGUGUCUGUUGUCUGAAAAAUCUGUUGAUUCUGUGUUACUCUCUUAAACAGUCUAUUGCAUGUAAACUUGGUUGUAUCAGUACUGAGCAUUAUAUCAUAAAUAAUAAAAUGUAACAUCUUA